CUCAUGUCGUACCGUACGCUCUUGACAUUUCGAUAAGAUUAGCCUUUUGGCCUCUUUGGCUUCUUCUCUUCCCUUCUGUUCUUUUCCCUUUUAUCGCCAUGGAAACUACACUCCUCACCUUCCCAUCCUCCAAAGCCCCAUCUUCUCAAAUCCUAACCCGACCCGUCAACCCAUUUCUAUCCUUGAAACCUAGACUCUCCUACAAAUCUCGCCGCCAUUUGCCUUCAAUCAAUGCCGCAAUUUCUCGCACCAAGAAGGAAGAAACCGUUGAAACGGUGAAAAAGCAGCUCGAAAACUGUUAUCUCCUCGCCGGAAUCAAUUACAAAGGCUUAACGGUGAAGCAAUUCCAAGAGCUUCGCAGAAGCCUUCCCGAGACCUCGAAACUAGUUGUGGCGAAAAACACUUUGGUUUACAAGGCUGUGGAGGGUACCCAGUGGGAAUCGUUGAAGCCGUGUAUGAAGGGUAUGAAUGUCUGGCUUUUUGUUCAUACUGAGGAAAUUCCGUCCGCGAUUAAACCCUACAGGGAUUUCCAGAGGGAGAAGAAGCUUGAAGAUAAUGAUUUCACUGGAGCAGUGUUCGAAGGGAAGUUUUAUGGUCCCGAUGAGUUCAAGAAACUGGAAUCCUUGCCCUCGCGUGCUGAGAUUUAUGCCAAGUUGUUGGGUUCGUUGCAAAGUCCAGCGUCGGCUUUGGUGAGCACGCUGCAAGCGCCGGCUAGAGAGAUUGUAAUGGUUUUGAAAGCCUAUGUGAAGAAGCUGGAAGAAGAAGGUGGUGCGCAGUAAUGGGAAUUCAUGUAAUUGGAUUAAUGCUGAGUUUUUCUGUUGCAUGGCUAAAUAUGAAUUUUGGGCUGUGUAUUGGAGGGUGACAAAGAAUGAAAGUUAUCUCAACUUCUCUAUUUGUUAGGACUGUGAGGCUCUAAUAACUUGUAAUACGAAAACUUCAUAAUUGACUGAGGUGAGAGUUUGAUCAUCGCAUCUGUUAGUCUUUACCAAGUUCA